AGUUUCCUCAGUAGAAGACUGAAGGGGUCCAUUAAAAGGGCCAAGAGUCAGCCCAAACUGGACCGAACCAGCAGCUUCCGCCACAUGAUCCUCCCUCGUUUCCGCAGCGCCGACCAAGAACGGACUCGUCUGAUGCAGAGCUUCAAAGAAUCACACUCCCAUGAGUCUUUGCUGUCUCCCAGCAGCGCAGCCGAGGCCUUGGAUUUGACACUUGAUGAAGAUGCGGUCAUCAAGCCUGUUCACUCCAGUAUACUGGGACAGGAGUACUGCUUUGAGGUGAUAACUGCUUCAGGAACAAAGUGUUUUGCCUGUCGGUCGGCUGCGGAGCGAGACAAAUGGAUAGAGAAUCUGCAGAGAGCUGUCAAACCAAACAAAGACAACAGUCGACGCGUCGACAACGUUCUGAAGCUGUGGAUCAUCGAGGCCCGUGAACUCCCACCCAAAAAGCGCUAUUAUUGUGAAUUGUGCUUGGAUGACAUGCUUUACGCCCGCACCACCAGCAAACCCCGAACCGAUACUGUCUUCUGGGGUGAGCACUUCGAGUUCAACAACCUGCCAGCUGUCCGCAACCUCCGCCUUCACCUUUACAAAGAGACGGACAAGAAAAGACGCAAGGAGAAGAGCACAUACCUGGGCUUGAUUAGCAUUCCCAUUUCCAGCAUCACUGGUCGUCAGUUUGUGGAGCAAUGGUACCCCGUCAUUCAGCCCAGCGUCCUGGCCAAGGGUGGCGGUGUUGGAGGGGGCAAAAUCAUCAACGCUUCCCUGCGGCUCAAGUCACGCUUUCAGACCAUGAGCAUCCUGCCGAUGGAGCUGUAUAAAGAGUUCGCAGAGUAUGUGACCAACAACUACCGAACGCUGUGCGCCGUUCUGGAGCCGCUGCUGAGUGUCAAGAGCAAAGAGGAAGUGGCCUGUGCUCUGGUGCACAUCCUGCAGAGCACAGGGAAGGCCAAGGAUUUUCUUUCAGACAUGGCGAUGUGUGAGGUGGACCGAUUUAUCGAUCGAGAGCACCUGAUCUUCAGAGAGAACACCCUGGCCACCAAAGCCAUAGAAGAGUACCUCAAACUCAUCGGGCAUAAGUACCUCAAAGACGUUUUAGGUGAUUUUAUCCGUGCGCUGUAUGAGUCAGAGGAGAACUGUGAAGUCGACCCAAUGAGGACUCCACCUUCUGUGCUGCCUGAACAUCAAGCCAACCUCCGGAUGUGCUGUGAGCUCGCACUCUGCAAAAUCGUCAACUCUCAUUGUGCGUUUCCAAGAGAAUUGAAAGAGGUGUUUGCGUCCUGGCGUGUUCGCUGCGCUGAGAGGGGAAGAGAAGACAUUGCAGAUCGACUGAUCAGUGGUUCCCUCUUCCUGCGCUUCCUGUGUCCAGCCGUCAUGUCGCCAUCCUUAUUCAACCUCACACAGGAGUACCCCGAUGAGCAGACUUCACGCACACUCACCCUCAUAGCCAAAGUUGUGCAGAACCUUGCAAACUUCUCAAAGUUUGGCAGUAAGGAGGAGUACAUGUCCUUUAUGAAUGAGUUUUUAGAGAUGGAGUGGGGCUCCAUGCAGCAGUUCCUGUACGAGAUCUCUAAUCUCGACAGCGUGAGCAACGCAGUUGCUUUUGAGGGCUACAUCGACUUGGGAAGAGAGCUCUCGAUCCUGCACAGUCUUUUGUGGGAAGUCAUGGCACAACUAAGCAAGGAUGCUAUCAUCAAACUCGGACCAUUGCCCCGCCUUCUAAAUGACAUCAGCAUGGCCCUUCGUAACCCUCACCUCCAGCGACAGCCCAGUCAUCAGAUGGACAGACCGCCUCCAGAGAGACAGACAGACAGGCUGCUCUCCAGGCCCAGCUUCAACAGGGGCGUCUCGUCUGAGUUCCAGAACCUCAUGAUGAGGGACCUCAACAGUUCAGUCGAGAUCACUCGCCUGCCCUCUCCAACCUCUGCCAUGUCCAGUGGCGGCGCCCCUCCGUCCCGGGCCGGAAUGGGGGGGUUUGCAGACCGCGAUCAUCCUCACCAAGCCUCAUCUAAAGACGUUUUCUAUGUCGCCCGUCCCCCGUUGGCCCGCUCCAGUCCAGCGUACUGUACUAGCAGUUCUGAUAUUACUGAUCCAGACCCAAAGGACUCAAGAAUGAACAGCGUCUCUAACCUGCAGUCUAUGGGGGACAUGCUCAACUCUUCCCAGGCCUCGAUUGCUGGCCUCGGCAGCUACGGUGGGUUCGCGGGCUUGGGAGGAGGCCUCGGAGGUCAGCUGCGCGCCGGAGGGCGUAUGUCGGCCGGAUCCGGGGGUUCCAACAUGUCCGGGGGUCUGAGGUUGAGCCAGCUGAGCCAGAUGGGAACCACCACCGACUCGCUGUCCCAGCAGCAACAGCAGCAAGCUGCCGCGCUCCGCUAUCCCCUCUCCUUCCAGAACCCUCUGUUCCACCUGGCUGCUGACGGGCCUCAGCUUCACCACCAACACAGUCGAGCUCAACCUCCUCCUCCUCUCCUGCUGGCCCCAGAGCCAGAUGCCUCUCACCCAACUUACAUCCCGCAGUUCGCCCAUGGCGGUUUCUCCCGAAGCGAGGACCUCUCCACCCUCAGACCCGGCCCUCAUCUGGGUCAGCCGAGCAUCAUUCACUCCCACAGCUACAGCGACGACUACAGCCGCCAUAACCAGAGCGAAUACGGGCGACGCCAGAUCUCCAUGCACAUGCAGGAGCAGCAGCAGAUGGCAGGCAUGGCAUCACAGACCGGCACAUCUCAUUCAUCACUCGCCACGCCUCCUUCCACCGUUCAGCCUGUCCGUCAAAGCUCCAUGGCUCCUCCCACGCCGCGCAUGAAAUCGCAACCCUCGCAUCAGCUUUCCGUGAGUUCUGCCGCCGCUGCCGCUCCUGCGGGCAAGACCAGGCCGCAGAGCGGAAACCUGCUCCAGUCCCCAGAGUCCGGCUUCGGGGGCCGGCAGCAGGGCCCUCGGCAGCAGCUGUCUGUCAAAGACAGCACCCCGCCUGGCCUGCCGCAUCAGCAGAGCUCCACCAGAGAGAGCCAGGGAUCGCAGGGCUCUCAGGGCGGAACGCCGCAGUCCACACAGCAAUCCAAAUCACAUCAGGAACGACAGCAGAUCCAGCAACAGCAUCUGCUCAAGCCUACCAUGAGCAAACAGGGCUCUUCCCAAUCUCCAACCACCCUCAACCCCUCGACCCCUGCCUCUGAGCGAACGGUCGCCUGGGUGUCCAACAUGCCCCAUCUUUCUGCUGACAUAGAGAGCUCCCGCAUCGAACGAGAGGAAUACAAACUCAAGGAGUAUUCAAAGAGCAUGGACGAGUCGCGUCUGGACAGAGUGCGUGAAUACGAGGAGGAGAUCAACUCUCUGAAGGAGCGUCUGAUGAUGUCACACCGCAAGCUGGAGGAGUACGAGAGGAGGAUGUUAACUCAGGAGCAGCAGACCAAUAAAAUCCUGCUGCAGUAUCAGAGCCGACUGGAGAACAGCGAGAGGAGACUGAGACAGCAGCAGAUGGAGAAAGACAACCAAAUUAAAGGAAUUAUUGACAGACUCAUGGCCGUGGAAGACGAGCUGAGGGGAGGGGUGGUGCCUGAGCACAAACCCAGGAUGUUCGCAGACCAGGAAAAGCAGCUUUCCGCCUUGGGUUCAGCAGACCCCGGUGUGAGUUUUGGCGGAGAAUUGACCAGCGCUCCUGGAGUUGUUGGAGUCUCCCAAUCGGACAAAUCCUCCACCCGAUCCCCCCUGAACGGAAUCUUGUCCUUCCCUUUAGCCUCCCCUCCUCAUUCACGUCCUCUCGCACAACUCCGGCCGAACGGAGAACUCUCCGGCAACCUAAAAUCAGCAACGGCAUCGGGGGCAAGUUCGGAGGGGGAGCAGGUCAAUAACAACACUGACCAAAUCCGAGAACAUUUUUAGGAAUUCCGAAGAAAAAUUCAUGUUCUUUGUCAUCCGCAUUGAAGGAUGAAGCUUCAGCGGUUGUUUUAUUUUGUGCAUUAGACUGAGGACAAGUGGGAGGCGGGACACACCAUUACUUGCUCCAUCCAAAACAAAAGGGCUCUCCAUUGGAUCCGAUAUGUUAUUCCAAAAUCACGUUUUCUUUGGAUCAAAGUUAAAAGCCCCUUGCACAUACAGUAACUCUGCCACCACAUCAAGUCAUCCAAACCACUGGAAAGUGCUCGGUUCAGGUUCCAGGUUUUUUGACUGAGCUCCCUCGUAUUGUGUAAAAAAUUCCAAGAAGCUGGGAACAACCCCAGGAAUGGUGGGCAAACAAACCAUACGUACGUUUCGAAGUGUAUAGAGGACGAAAUUUGACUGACGAACACACGCCAGCUUUGUCUUGGGGAUUCUGUCAUGUCGUCUGGCUUCCCUAGUGCCUUUCUGUAUCUCCUGACAGGGUUUUCAAACGAACGCAAGAAUAACGACAGCAGAAUUACAGAAAUGGUCGUGCAAACGCCGCUCUCUUCUCGAGAUUGCUCACUUAGGAGAGACUGAUGUGUUCUUUUGCCUCAAUGUAAUGCUGAAAAUGUCAAGCUUUGGAAUUCGACCGUGGCUCGGGUUUUUUGUGGACACUGUUUGGAAAGUGCUUGUGGUCUUUGAAUUGCCAACUUGCGCAAUGUUUUCUCUUCUCAAUCUCAGAACCUAUGUGUAUUUAACUGGUGCUAUGGAUUCUCAAAGCAGUGCUCUGUGUCACAUCACCGCCUCCCAUUCUGUCAUCGUCCUAACUGUUCAUAUGUGUCUUCGUCCUCCCAUUUAUCUCCUUACAGGCCGAUUUCUUUCAGUGUGUGUCUGCAACAUGAGGUGAGCGCGAGGUGAUCUCUGUCAGGUCAAAAACCUUUUGUCUUUUUACUAAAACAAGAUGCUAGGCCAGAAUGCAGUUGUGGUCGUAAAGUAUUUUUUAUACAGACAUGUUUUCCUUAAAAUGGACAUGAUGUGAAGUGAGCUGAUAUUUUAAAUAAGCAUAACUUUUUUGUGUUUUUUGGUCUUAAAGUCAACAUGAAAGUCAACUUUAAAGCAACCAAUUUUCCCUCCAAAACGUGACGUUUUUGAGUAAAAUGGGAAGAAUAGACUUUAUUUUUUAAGUUUUAGGAAUUCAUUGGAUUGUAAAAAUGGGUGUUAUAUACUAGAAUGCAGUCUGGUAGCUAAGAAACAAAAGGGAUUUGUGAUGUUUUCUGAAAAGUAUUUUUUAAAAAGAUAAUGAAAACAACCCUGUUUUUUUAAUAGAAUAGCAUGAACCAAAUAAUCAUCAAUAAGACAACUAUGAAUGUAAAAAGUAGACAAUGACUCGCACCAAAUAAUUAUUACAUUUGCAUUCAUGGAAUUGGCAGAUGCUUUUAUGCAAAUCAACUUACAUUUAUGGUUUACAUUUUAUCAGUUCACACGUUCUCUGGGACUCAAACCCACGAUCUACUGUUUAAGCUCUGCUACAAAAUUGCGAAUAAUAUGUUAAAAGUAAACAGGGUCCGUUUUGUUUUCAUGUUGACUUUAAAGUUGCUCAAGCAUCUCUAAAGUAGUUUUUGGUGGUGUUGAAUGGUCAUUUUAGGGAAGAUCUUGUUAGAUAACAGACUUGGUUUGUAAAAUAAUCAGAUCUUAUGUACUGUACAGAAAUAUUGCUAGCUAUAAUUCCUCAUUUGAGUAUCACUGCCAUCUUAUACUGAUUGUAUUCCUCAUCGUUCACUACCGUUUUUGUUUUAUUGUUUGUUUUACGAUUAAUCGGUUCAUUGUCAUGUUUCUACAGACUCAAGACAUUCACGUGGCUUCACUGAUACCAGUCUUCAUUUGUAACCCAAUUCAUUGUUGAUUGCCUUGUUGUCGCAUUGUAAAAUACUCACGUUCUGUAUGUAACACAGCUAAACCAAUACAGCUGGCCUAGAUGAGAGUGAGGAGAUUUAAGUCGUAACUGCACAAUAAAAACACUGAGCUGUACUGUAAUAUUUAUAGAUUGGGAAGGCACUAGAGAGGAGAAUGGACUGAUUGCCAUUUUAGCUUUUAAGAGCUUCGAGGGCUAUCUUUAAGUGACUUCUACACCAUUUAGUAAUAAUAAACAGGCAAUUUUGUUUAUGUCCCAAAAGCGGUUGAGAUAUAGUG